AUGGCGGGUGCAAUUGUGAGACAGACAUGGAUCCUCACCAAGAAGACGCUGCUCGUCGUCUUUGUGCGCCAGUGGUUCUUCACGAGCGUUCGCGCAUUCUGGGCGCCUAUAAUCUUUAUGUUCUUCAUCACCUACGCAAAGAACUUCUUCGUCCCUCCCUCCGAGUACGGCAUCGGCAACCCCUCACCCAUUCGAUCUUUCUCUAAUGCGCUCAACGCUGCUGAAGGAGGCCGCGAUAAGAUCGUCUUCGUAAACAAUGGAUACACGGGUGGUGAGAUUGAUCAGGUCAUUGGACAACUCUCAAAUCAAGUUCGUGAUGCGGGACUGCAGGCAAUCACAAUCGAACGAGACGUGGACCUGCUCACAACUUGUGAGAGCUCAUUGCGUGGGGCUAGUAGCUGCUUUGGUGCCGCGGUUUUCCAUUCCAGCCCGAACCAAGGACAAGGUCAGACUUGGAAUUACACUCUGAGGUCUGAUGGCGCUCUUGGAGAGACCAUCUACGUAGGCCAGAAAGACAAUGAUGUUCAAAUCUAUGUCCUGCCCUUCCAACGGGCUAUCGAUCAAGCCAUCGCCUCCGUUGACGGUACCCCCACUGUCCCUGACACCGAUGAAUACCCCUACACAGAACGAACACAGAAAGAGUACGAUGAGAGGAUUCGACAACUGUAUAUGGGGGCACUUAUCAACAUCAUGGGCGCGGCUUUGUACAUUGGUGUGUGCGGUGUGACGUACCAGUUGACAGGGCAGAUGGCUGAAGAAAGAGAACGGGGGAUAUCACAGCUUGUAGAGGCAAUGUCUCCAGCGAAGAAGGCAUGGCAUACACAGUUCGCACGCCUGUUGUCGAUGCACUUUGCCUUUGAUAUCAUCUACUUCCCAGCAUGGGUAAUCAUGGGAGUCAUUGUCUGGGGCCUGGCAUUUCCAACAUCCAGUGUCGUUAUCCUAAUUAUCUUCCAUAUCCUUGCCGGUCUUUCGCUCACGAGCUUCUCCAUCUUUGGUGCUGCCUUCUUCCGCAAGGCCCAGCUUUCAGGUAUCACCAUUGUUAUCAUCCCAAUCCUGCUAGCCAUCAUUGCACAGGUCGCUGGGCCUUUUAGUACAUCAGCUGUCUAUGUCCUUAGUCUGCUCUUCCCGUCCAUCAACUACGUCUUCUUUAUCAUCUGCGUUGCGCGCUUCGAGAGACAGCUUGUUGCCAUGAACAUGGUCAAAGCAGCACCCGCUUACGAAGACCACGUUUGGACUACUCCCGGUAUCGUGUUCUGGGUCUUCGCCAUCAUACAGACUUUUGUAUACCCUUUCCUGGGCGCUCUUGUUGAGCGAUGGCUCUACGGCACCGUCUCAGCUGACAGGAAAACUACCACAUCCUCCCCGGAUCACAACAUUAUUUUGACCAACUUUUCGAAGCACUGGACGCCUAGUUGGUUCCGCAGAAAUGUUCUGGCCAAGUUCGGGAUCAAGCCUCCGGAGACGGUUAUCGCUGUGGACGACUUCAGCAUGAAGGCACGCAAGGGCCAGAUCAUGGUCUUACUUGGCGCAAACGGCAGCGGAAAGUCGACUACACUGGAUGCCAUUGCAGGUCUCAACUCCAUCACUACUGGUGCCAUUGAGAUUGACGGAACUGGUGGCUUGGGACUUUGCCCUCAAAAGAACGUCAUGUGGGACGAGUUGAAUGUCUACGAGCACGUCCGAAUCUUCAACCAGCUCAAGUCUACCGGAACAUACGACAGCAAGGACACUAUUGAGGAUCUGAUCCGUGCUUGUGACUUGGGCCAUAAAAUCAAGGCACAGUCCUCCACACUGUCAGGCGGUCAAAAGCGAAAACUUCAGUUGGCUAUGAUGUUUACAGGUGGCUCCAAGGUUUGCUGCGUAGAUGAAGUCUCAUCAGGUCUGGAUCCUUUGUCGCGAAGGAAGAUUUGGGAAAUUCUUCUUGCCGAGCGUGGCGACCGCACCUUCCUCCUCACUACUCAUUUCCUCGACGAGGCAGAUGUCCUCGCAGAUUACGUCGCCAUACUUUCCCGUGGUGUACUCAAGACCAAGGGCACUUCGGUUCAGCUCAAGCAUGAGGUCGGUGCCGGUUACCACGUUACGUACCCCAAGGACGCCCCGGUCAAGCCGCCGAUGGACGCUAUCAAGAAACCUGCUCCUUCGGAUGGUAUGGUUCAAUACCAGUUUGCUAAUGCGUUACCCGCUACGAAGUUUGUCGAUGUAUUGCGAGAUCACGGUGUCAAGAACUACGACAUUGUUGGCCCAACGCUCGAAGACGUCUUUCUCGCCAACGCCGAAGAAGUUAAGGAGUACAACCUGAUGGACGCUGAACAUGUGGAGAAAGACGGUAUAACGGCGGCGAACAAGGACAUCGCAGCCUCCGACCAGAACUCGGAAACUGAAAAGAAGCUUGAGAUGGGUAAAGGCCAUGGUACUGGGCUGUUCAAGCAAAUGAUUAUUCUCGUUCAGAAACGCAUUACUAUUGUCAAGCGCAACUUCUGGCCGUAUGUCUUUGCGCUACUGCUUCCCAUCGUCGCAGCUGGCCUGGUCACGCUCUUCUUGAAGAACUACGAAGCCGUGGGCUGUGAUCCAGGCGCUGCUGCCAACGACCCGACGGUCUUUUCGUUAUCCAGCGUAAAUGACAUCCCGCUCAUUCCUAUCGGCCCUAGGAGCAUCGUUGGCCCGGCUAUCAACACCAUUAUCCAACGAACAGGCAUCGCUGAAGAAAGUUUCUUCAUCGUGGAUACGUUGGACGAGUUUAACAACUACGUUGACACCCAAUUCCGCAACAUCACUCCUGGUGGUUUCUUCCUCAACCAAGAUGGGCCACCUCUUAUGGCGUACCUUGCGAGUGGUAGUGUCAUUGGCGGUCUCAUCACGCUCAAUACUCUGGAUAACAUCGUCUUGAACAUCUCUAUCUCAACACAAUAUCAGCAGUUCGCUGUGCCUUUUGCCCCAGGCAUGGGUAGCACGCUCCAGCUGAUCUUGUACUUUGGCCUGGCUAUGUGUGUCUACCCGGCAUUGUUCGCAUUGUAUCCAACUCAAGAGCGUUUGAGGAAUGUCCGCGCUUUACACUACAGUAAUGGUAUCCGUGCUGUACCUUUGUGGUUAGCGUACACGACUUUUGACUUCUUCUUCGUCCUUGUCAUCGCUGCCAUUACCACAGGAAUAUUCAUAGGCGCAUCAAGUGCAUGGUACGCGCCAGGCUAUCUCUUCAUUGUCUUCUUCCUGUAUGGUCUAUGCGCUACCCUCUUCGCCUACCUCAUCUCGAUCGUCGUGACGUCGCAGCUCGCGGCUUUCGCCUUCGCCGCUGGAGGAAUGGUAUCGCUCUACCUCAUCUACUUCAUCGGAUACAUGGCUAUCCUCACAUAUGCUCCCGCAUACGCUAUCGAUUCGUACAUACAAUACUUCCACUGGACGGUGUCGAUCAUAUCGCCUUCUGCUAGCUUGCUGAGAACACAGCUGCUGUCCCUAAACUCGUUCAGCGUGCUGUGUAACGGCAAUCAGAUUCCAAGCUAUCCCGGCGCUUUGAAGGUAUACGGGGGUCCGAUCCUAUACCUCGUCGUCCAGAUAAUUGUCCUCUUCAUUGCUCUUGUUUGGUGGGACUCUGGGUACAGACCAGCUUUCCUCAACCGUGAGAAAAGCCGCCAACAACACUCUGAGGAAGACGUCGACACCAUCCCACCCGCUGUUGCCGCUGAAAUUGCACGUGCAGAGCAAAGUAAAGACAGCCUUCGAGCGCUGCACCUUCAGAAGAAGUUCGGCUCCAAUCACGCUGUCAACGACAUCACCUUUGGCAUCCCACAAGGCCAGGUCUUUGCCCUCCUCGGUCCCAACGGCGCAGGAAAGUCCUCAACUAUCUCGCUCCUCCGCGGCGACAUCCAUCCUACUACCCACAUCAACGGUGGCGGAGACGUCCUAAUCGAAGACAUUUCCAUCAUCAGCAAGCGAGCCGCGGCACGAGGUCACCUAGGCGUAUGUCCACAAUUUGAUGCAAUGGACUCAAUGACGGUCACGGAGCACCUCUACUUCUACGCGCGUGCUCGCGGCGUGCCCUCCCCCAAAACCAGUGUCGACACCAUCCUCCAAGCCACCAGUCUAGCGCGCUUUAGCGACCGUCUCGCCUCCAAACUCUCUGGCGGCAACAAGCGUAAACUCAGCCUCGGCAUCGCUCUCAUGGGCAACCCCUCCGUCCUCCUCCUCGACGAGCCUUCAAGCGGCAUGGACGCAGCCGCCAAACGCGUAAUGUGGCGUACACUCCUCGGUGUCGCUGCACCCGGUCGCGCCCUCCUCAUCACCACGCAUUCUAUGGAAGAAGCGGAUAAACUGGCUACCCGCGUGGGUAUCAUGAAGCGCAAGAUGCUGGCGCUGGGCACGGUCAGUGAUCUCGGUGAACAAUACGGUGACGCGUGGGUUGUUCAACUUGUUCUGCGGUCUGCGCCUGAGACGACGGAGCAGGAAAUGCAGGCUGUGAAGGAAUGGGUCAAACGCAGGAUUCCUGGUGUUCAGCUUGAUAAGUGGGGGUCUAGAGGGGGUGGGCAUGGGCAGUUGAGGUUCAAGGUUCUCAAGGCUGCGGCCGCGUCUUCUACGGCUCCGGCACAUGAAGGACACAUGGGUGGGAAGGUCACGGAGGAGGAGGUUCAGAGGGUCAAUUCUGUUGGUGGUUCCGAGACAGCGGAUAUGGGUGGUAUACCCGGUCUUAUCCAGCUGCUGGAAACGCAUCGUGAAGAGCUGGGUCUGGAGUAUUAUAGUGUAUCCCCGACGACGCUCGAUGAAGUUUUCCUGAGGGUUGUGGGUGAAGAAGAAGAGGAAGAGGCGGGCAAGAAGACGAAGAAGAGUGGUGGCUGGAGGAAGGUAUUGCCGUUUGGGAAGAAAGUGUAG